GUCUACUUAAACCCUAGCUUCUCAAUUUCUCCUCUCUAAAAUCUCUCUUCCGAGUUUACUGGCUCCACUCACCAGUAUCCAAUAUGGCGGACACUGUGCAAUACCGGCUAGAACGCAUGGUCGACGAGCUCGACGACUUAGAGAAGCGAGGACUGUUCACGCGUCGCGAGAUAGCUGAGAUCGUGAAGCAGAGGCGAAAGUUCGAAUAUAGAUUGAAGAGACCGAGUCCACUUAAGCAGGACUACUUGGCCUACAUAGAGUACGAGAUUCAGCUCGACUCUCUUCGCCGCCUUCGAAAGAAAUCUGUGUCGCGUGAGCUUAAAAAGAAGGGAAAUAAGAAAAUAAAGAUGUCGGUGUCUGAUUUUGCUGGCGUUUCGAGAAUCGUCGACAUUUAUAGGCUUGCUGUAAUGAGAUAUAAGGGAGAUAUUGGGCUGUGGUUUCGAUAUUUGGAGUUUUGUAGGGAGCGAAGGAAUGGCAGAAUGAAAAAGGUCCUGGCUCAAUUAAUUAGGUUUCAUCCAAAGGUCCCAGGAGUUUGGAUUUAUGCUGCAGCGUGGGAAUUUGACCAUAACCUAAAUGUUGCAGCUGCUCGUGCCCUCAUGCAGAGUGGUUUGAGAGUGUGCCCAACUUCAGAAGACCUUUGGGUAGAGUAUCUUCGGAUGGAGCUCACAUACCUUAACAAGUUAAAGGCUCGGAAGGUUGCCCUUGGAGAGGACAAGGGAACUCUGGUCCGUGAUCAUAGGGAUGCUGAUGAGCAACAGUGGAGAGAAGAAAAUGAUGGUGUGUUUAUGUCACUGGAUGAAGAAAAAGGAAAUAGUAAUGGAUCAAAUGUUAAUAUUGACGAGUCAGAGAAGAAAGUGGAUUUGUUUGGAGAACAAGGUUUGAGCAUUCUUCAGACUAUCUAUGGUGGGGCAAUUGAAGCUCUUCCUUAUAGUUUUGGCCUGAGAAAGCGGUUAUUUGAGAUAUUGGAAGCAAUAGAGUUGGCAGAUUCAGAAGAAAUGCGCAAGAAGAUCCUAAGUGAUAUGAGGAAAAACUUCUCUGAAGAUCCGGAAUAUUGGGAUUGGCUUGCUAGGCUUGAAAUGACUAAUUUUAGAACUAUGCAGGAGAAUAUUGAAGGUAUCAUGUCGACACAACUGCAAAAAGCAGUUCAGGUUUAUGAGGAGGCUUUGCAGUUUGUGCCUUCAUCCAUUAUGUUUAAGCUAUAUAUAAAGUUCUUUGCGGAUGUUGCUUCCCCUAGAAAAGAAGAAGACCAACUCUUGGGAUUAUCCAAUCAUAAAGAAAAAGACCAACUCUCGGGAUUAUCCAAUCAUACUGAGGAUUAUAUCUCUCGUAUCUUGAGGGUAUAUGAGAAAGCUGAGACAUUGGGAUGCAUUACUGAGGAACUUGCUUGUGAAUAUGUCUCAUUUUACUUGCAACUAGGGAGACUAGAUGAAGGAAAGAAGCUAGCAGAAAAACUAUGUGGUGGAAUACUUUCAGAUUCAGUAAAAUUAUGGCUAUUAAGGGCCUCUUUAGAAAUUAGAUAUUUUACAAAUAAUACUCCUGGACCAACUAAGGAUGAUCUACAAUCCAUCUUUGAACUCCUUAGAAGUGUGUUGAGAAAAGUGUCAGUAACAGAAGCUGAGGACUUAUGGGUACUGGCACUCAAGUUUUUUGCAAUGGAAAAACAUUAUUUUGACAAGCUGGUUGAGAUGGCGUUCACUGUUGUAGCUAAACAUGGUGGCAGUGAUAAUGGAUUCUCCCUCCCAUGUGCUCUUGUAAAUUUUAUUCUUCAGAAGGAUGGAAUUCAACAUGCAAGAGAGACUUAUAAGCGGUUUCUUGCCUUGCCACAUCCAGGUCUUGCUUUAUACGAAAAUUGCAUCGACUUGGAAGAGAACCUUGCAUCCAUUGGUAAUAAAAAUUGUCUUGGAAAUGUCCGAAAAAUAUAUGAAUCUGCACUUGCAACUCACGUCCAAAAUUUGAGAUUGUGGCGAGGUUACUAUGCCAUGGAGGUUAAGCUGGGAACAUCAGAAACAGCUAAUGCUGUCUAUUGGCGUGCAAAGAAGACACUUAAAAACUUUGCUGAAUUUGCUGCUGCUCCAGUUUUGUCAUAAUACACAAACUGCGUUCAAUUUUGGCCUUGAUACAAAUAUCUUGAAUUAUUUUUUCAACUGCAGUGGAAACACAUAAGAUCAGAGAUGGCAAUGAUAGUUUGUUUCGAAUUCGGCAAAUGCAUUUCUACAUUUUCUGGGUUUGGUGAAUGUCAAAAAGUUUUGAUGCCAAAGUGAUUCUCAGAAUGCGAGCGGUGGACUGGGGGUUAUUGCAAGACCCAAUUCAUAUUAGGCAGGCCAGUAAUUGGUAGAUUAAGAUAAAUUUUAGUUUGAUUUUAAUUUCGAAUUAAAUCAAUUUGGUUCCGGCCAGAGCUGACCGUGGCCAUGCCAAUGCUAAAAUAGUUGGAACAGAAUAUGAUGUAAUCACCGAUCAGAUCACCCUCAUGACAUAAGCUCAUCGGAAUUUUUCUGAAGUGGGGGGUAAAAUCUUGCACGACUCGUAUACGUAUAUAAUUUAUAUUUGAGGUCUC